AUUAACGCACUUGCUUUGUUUAUCUAAUCGCAGCAAUGGAUUCUGUUGAUGUCAAUGGUGAUACUGGUAUGUCAUCCAGUGAUCAUGGUGGUUCUAGUGAGGUGGACGACCUUGGUUCUUCUGUGACGUUGAACUUUACCGUACUGGACUAUAUCAAUGAAAUUAGAUUCAAGCAUGGUAUGCGCAUUGAGGAAUACAGUCGUUAUCACGGUUAUUGCUCCAAGCGCUUAUGUAACUUGAGGCGUCAGUUACGCAUGGGUCCCAUCCGGUCGAACAAGUACGUUCGACUGGAAUUUCCGGAGACUGUCUCAGAUGUGAGGUACCUGGAGAUCCUAGCGCUUUGUGCCGAACGUUCAUGGGCAUAUGGUAUGGUUUUGAAAUCACAAUGUGAAGCUUCUCAUACUCCGAGACCCAAUCUACGUCACCGUUCGUUGAAGCGAUUUGAUAAGGCUCUAACCAUGUCUACACUUCUGGAAGCAGCUUGCCAAUCUUUUGCUGAGGCGAAUAGUGUGAACAAUGCUCGUGUUUACCGUAGUUUUAUGGAAGGCGUGGUUCAUUUUGAGCGCAAACGCUACACUGAAGCGUUUGCAUCUCUAUCUCUAUAUGCUAAUGUAAUGGACCAGCGCCACCGUAAUAAACAAGAUCGUAUUACUGCAGAGGGAUACAGUUCGCAGUUAAACCAAGUCAAUGCCAUGAUAAAGAUGUGUUCAUUUCACAUUCGUUCUGCGGGAGUUAAAUUUGGCGGCAAGCCUGUACUACAUCAAGAGGAUGACGAUGCCGAAUUAUUAUCUGUGGUUUCAGAUCCUGAUGGCAACUUAAAUUUAUACUGCCGCGGAGCGCUUAUGGAAAUCCAAUCACCAUUUCUAUUUGAGCAGAUCCAUGAUGUGAUUAGUGCCUUUGACAAGCUGGUUAUUACAGACACGGUCUUAUCCAAUCUUAAUGCAAGUACCAAUUUGGAUAACGAUAUCCACUCUGAGUUGGUUGUCAAGUUUCCUUCCGAUGCGUUGUUAGCAUCGUAUGAGGAAAUCUCUACAUUAGUAUCUGAAUGUGUAGAUACAGUACAUUCAGAGAUGAUGUCAUCAAUGGAGUCCCAAGAUCUUUUGCGUAGAAUUGAGGGCGUAUUACACAUUAUAAAAACGCUGCUGGAGAUGGAGAAAUGUAUAUUAAUGGGUAUUAUAGCCUUGCAUGCUGUAUAUAGGCAGAACAAAUCAUCUUCUGGAUGUCGCUACCUUCCUGACUGUGGAGAGCCCCUCAGGUUUGCUCAUAUAUUAAAGCAGCACCUAGGUACACUUAUGAAUGAAUCAAACCUACAGAGCACAUUCCAUAUUGCCCUUGAGGCUACCAGAUCCGUGAAUGGUAUGUUGAUGGGUAUAUACAAGCUUUACACGGGUGAAUACGCUGAUGGCAUGUCAUUGCUGAAAUGGUCAAUGACUAGGUUAGAACGCGGUAUUAAGCAGGUUGAUCACAGUAAUACGCGCUUAGUAAACCGUUGUAUGCUCUUAUUCCAAAUAUUCCAUCGCACAGGUUUGCUGUGCAUCAGGAAAUAUUACAAGCGUUGCGUUGCUAUAUACAUGCGUCACAAGUUAGGAGAAAACCCUGAUAUCGUCGACACAAUGGGAGUUGAUAAGGUGUUUGAUCUCACGAAGCGCAUGUUGCCAUGCAAGCCGAUACUGUUCGACUUAGCUCACAUCCACAACAACCCUCCUACCAUUGGUUCGAAAUCUGGAAUUAUUGGCGGUGUGAAAAACAUCAUUCGAUCCUUCUGGAAGUGAAUUCAUCGCUAAUGUUUUUUGCUAUGU